UCACAAACCUAAGAUCAUAAUAUAAUGGUCCAUAAUUUCAUGGUAGAAAACCAAAUAUUCCCUUAAUUAUUUGCAGCUACUGUUGUUAUUCAUAGGAGAGAGAGAAUAUAAGUGUUUUAUUUUGGGUAGAAAUAUAGGAGAAGAUUAACAACAAAUAAUCUGAAACAUUCUAUUCCACGUUUACUUGUUGACCACACUCCUCCACCUUCUGCAACACCACCGCCGCAGUUCUUGCUUGCCGCCGAUAGGAAGUUAGAAGAAGGAAUUAAUAAGCUCAAGAAUUAAUGGAAGGAAGAGAGAGAGAAGUUCCAAAUUAUGAAGUCCAAGUGACGUCGUUUUCUACGCCACAUGAAAUGGGAUUUGUACAAUUUGAAGAAAACCAUGUUUUGAGCUUUUUAGCACCGUCGCACUCUCAACCUCUGAAUUCCACAACAACCACCGCCACUACUCUUAUAGGGUUUAGUAGUCAUAACGACCAGGUCGAUCCAAAGGCUACUCAUGAAGAAAAUUGCACUGCUACUGCAAACGAUGCCAACAAUAAUUCUUGGUGGAAGAGCUCAUCAUCUUCAGAUAAGAGCAAAAUGAAGGUGAGGAGAAAGUUAAGAGAGCCAAGAUUCUGUUUUCAGACAAGAAGUGAUGUGGAUGUUCUUGAUGAUGGUUAUAAAUGGAGAAAAUAUGGCCAGAAAGUUGUUAAGAAUAGCCUUCAUCCUAGAAGUUACUAUCGGUGUACUCAUAACAAUUGUCGAGUGAAGAAAAGAGUUGAAAGGUUAUCGGAAGACUGUCGAAUGGUGAUCACAACAUACGAAGGCAGACACAAUCACACUCCAUGCGAUGACUCCAAUUCAUCUGACCACGAAUGCUUUAAUUCUUUCUAAUCCUUCAAUUCUUAUAUUAUAAUGUUCUUUUUUUUUGUAACUAAUAUCAAUAUAUGCAUCCUCCUGUCAUAAUAUAUAUUUGUCUAUUGCUUUUGA